AUGAAGACGGGAAAGACGCGCCGGGAGAAAUCGACCUCUGAGAAGCAAAAUAGAGAGAAAGCACUUCAGACCAAGCGAAAUCGAAAUCGUCAAGCGCAGAGCCUGUUUCGGCAAAGAAAACAGGUCGCGGAAGCUGCGGAACGGCACAGAAUACAGACAUUGGAGGGCAUUGUGCAGGAAUCUAGCAACGUUUUCAUCGACUUUGUAGACGAGCUGCUCGGUAAAGAAGGUAUCUUGCGUCACUAUCCCGAGCUCGGUACAUCCAUCCACCAUUCGGUGGCUCGUCUUCUCACCCUCACCAAGACUCUACACGCGGCAGACGAUGCAGCGACACCGCCAGCAGCAAUGCCUACACAAGGAAGACAUUCUGCUCUUGUUGAACCACCCAUCGAUAUGCAGGCAGCUCAAUUCGCAUCUACUAUCGGGAUACUUCCUUAUGCCGACUUUGCAAGCCACGAACAAGGGCGCAAGUUUCAACUCGACAACACGAUGACGUCGUCUUCUACCCACGGCGCUGCACAAGUGAGCCGAUGCUUACACCCCUCAUGGCAACUCGAAUUCCCCACGACGGACCAGGACAAGGCCGACACAGACAGCCUUGACGACGAGUUUUCGCAUCAUGUGCAGCGGCAACCACUGGGGUCGUUCUGUCUGCAUCUCAUCAAGGAAACGGUUUCUCAAGCGUGCCUCGCUCUUAAGGGUCAGCGUCCGGUGCCAGACGGGGACAUUGAGCGUAUUUUUCAAGUGGCGCUGCGCUCGUACACGCGAGACCAAAUCAUCACUAGGUUGCAGGCGAUUCUGGGACCCGAGGGGCAUCGACUGUAUCUUGCGGCAGGCAUAUCUUGCACUGAUCAGGACGACGCCGGAGACUACCUGACAGCCGUGGAUGUUCAGUCACGACUUCAGGCACUCGGGGCACGAAUGAUAAACGUCGACCAUGUUGAAAUCAGCGUUCCCAAUAGCACGCCAGAAACAUCCGGCGACAGAGGCUACGAUUUCGGCGAUGCGGAGCUCACGUUUCCCGACCUUGGGCCAAAUGACGCUGCGAGUUGCGGAUACAAUCACGCGCCGAUAUUGAUGCAUCUUGAUGUCUGGCGCCUCACGGCUAGUCUUGUAAAUGUGGCUGUGUGUGCAAAGAGCAGGCCCAUGUACCCGCGAACAGAACUGGCCAAAGCAGUCCAGGCAUCGGUCGUCAUGGUCAAUGAAAGAGGGACAAGGGGCACAGCACAAGGGCUGUUGUAG